AUGAAAGACCAGCAGAGAUUAAAUUUGCAAAAUAAGGGCAUUGUGAGUAAGAACUAUAAUUUGCAAAGAACUGAGAAAAUGGUCAAAAAAUACAAAGAAGUAGUUUUUAUAAUAGAAAGUGAAGAAAAAAAAAACCUUAAUAUAAAAAAAACCAAAAAAGAUGUUAGUAUUAUAGAAAAAAUAUUAGAAAUAAAGAAAGCAGAAGAGAUAAAAAAGAUUUAA